AUGGAAGAAUCUCAGACUGAGCAGAAAAGUGACACAAAGGUGGCUCAGUGUCAAGUAAAGGGGACGAGUCAGGGGGCUGUGGAACAACAGGACGUGGACACCACUUCCAAAACAAGGAGAUGGGUGUUGGAGGACCUGCUGAAGGACUUAGCCCAGUCAGACAGUCUCUUGAAGCAUCGUAAGUACAUCAAGAACCCCAAGUCAUCACUCUGCAACCCAUUCAUCACCACUGAGUCCUCCUGCCAUGGUUUUCAUGGGAAGGCUAGCCUCAUGCCAAAAGAGUUCGCUGGCCCAGGAACAUUUCAAGUACAGAUGAGUAAAGAAGAGACUCUUUACUCUACACAGUCAUUGAAAGGGGAGAUUUUGUUCCAAAAUUUCACAAAUCUACUACUCUUCCAAAAAUUGUGCCCAAGAGGCUCAGAGGACUUGGGCAGGAAAAACUGGCAUUCAUGUGUACCAGAAGAAGAAGGACAUGUGAUUGAGAUCCAAGACUUAUUUGGCCCAAAUUUAGAUACCCAGAAAAAGCCUCAGUUAGUCAUAAUAGAGGGUGCUGCUGGGAUUGGGAAGUCAACACUGGCCAUGCAGGUGAGGAGAGCCUGGAAGGAAGGUCAGCUCUACAGGGAUCGCUUCCAGCAUGUCUUCUUCUUCAGCUGCAGAGAGCUGGCCCAGUGCAAGCAGCUGAGUCUGGCUGAGCUCAUAGCACAAGGUCAGGAAGUACACACAGCUUCCAUCAGGCAGAUCCUGUCUCACCCUGAGAAGCUGCUCUUCAUCCUGGAUGGCAUAGAUGAGCCAGCAUGGGUCUUGGAGGAGCAGAAUCCUGAGCUCUGUCUGCACUGGAGUCAAACACAGCCUGUACACACACUGAUAGGGAGUUUGCUGGGGAAAUCUGUCCUUCCUGAGGCUUCCUUCUUGCUCACAGCUCGGACCACAGCUCUACAAAAGAUCAUUCCUUCCUUGGGGAAACAACGUCAGGUGAAAGUCCUAGGACUCACUGUGGUUGAACGGCAGAAAUAUUUCUGCAGAUAUUUUGCAAAUCAACGAGUUGCAAUUACCGCUCUUAAGAUGCUUAACCCAGUGCUCCUGACCCUGUGUGAGGUUCCGUGGGUGUGCUGGCUGGUCUGCACUUGCCUGAAAAAGCAGAUGGAGCAAGGUGGAGACCUCUCACUGACCUCACAGACUACCACAGCCCUCUGCUUGAAAUACAUGUCUCUGACAACCCCAGGUCAGCACAUGAGGACCCAGCUCAGAGCCCUCUGCUCACUGGCUGCUGAGGGGAUCUGCAAAAGAAGGACCCUGUUCACUGAAAGUGACCUCUGUAACCAAGGGUUACCAGAGGAUGCCACUGCCACUUUCCUGAAGAUUGGCAUCCUUCAAAAGCAGCCCAGCUCUCUGAGCUACAGCUUUGCCCACUUGUGUCUCCAGGAGUUCUUUGCAGCGAUAUUCUACAUCUUGAAGCAUAGUGAGGAAAGACUCGGCGAUAUGGAAGAUUACAGAAUUGUGGAGUCACUGGAAGAACAAUAUGGAAGACAAAACCUGUUUGAGGCACCCACUGUGCGCUUUCUAUUUGGUCUUUUGAGUAAAGAGGGAUUGAAAGAAAUGGAACAGUUCUUUUCCUGCAACUUUUCUAGGAAGACAAAGUUGAAGCUGCUAUGGCACAUCCUAGAGAAAUACCAACCCCAUCAACCACCUUUUCUGGGUUUGCACCACUGUCUGUAUGAAAAUCAGGAAAAGGAGCUCCUGACACAAGUGAUGCAUGAUCUUCAAGGAACAAUAGUGCCUGACCCAAAUGACAUUGCACACACAGUGUUCCAGACAAAUGUGAAGCACCUGGUGAUACAGACAGACAUGGAGCUCAUGGUGGUCACUUUCUGCAUUCAGUUCUGCUGUCAUGUGAGGAGUCUCCAGGUGAAUAUGGAAAGACAGAAAGGAUAUGCACUGAUGGCCCCAAGGAUGGUCCUGUAUAGGUGGACCCCAAUCACUGAUGCCAGUUGGAAGAUUCUCUUCUACAAUCUUAAAUUCACCAGAAAUCUGGAGGAGCUGGACCUAAGUGGAAAUCCAUUGAGCUACUCUGCAGUGCAAAGUCUUUGUAAAACCCUGCAACUCCCUAAUUGCCAUCUAAAGACCUUGUGGCUUGUUGAAUGUGGCCUCACAUGCAAACACUGCUCACUCCUGGCCUCAGUGCUCAGUGUCCACUCCAGCUUGACUGAGCUAGACCUGCAGCUGAAUGACCUGGGUGAUGAUGGUGUGAGACUGCUGUGUGAGGGACUCAGGAAUCCUGCCUGCAACCUCAGCAUCCUGCGGCUGGACGUGGCCUCUCUCAGUGACCAGAUGAUUACAGAGCUCAGGACUCUGGAGGCAAAGAAUCUGAAGUUGCACAUCUCCAGCAUAUGGAUGCCACACAUGAUGGUCCCCACCGAGAACAUGGAUGGAGAUGAUAGCCUGACCUCAUUCAAGCAGCAGAGACAACAGUCAGGAGACAAGGACAUGGAACCUCUGGGGACUGAAGAUGACUUCUGGGGACCUACAGGACCUAUAGCUACUGAGGUGGUUGACAGAGAGAGGAGCCUAUACCGAGUUCAGUUGCCUAUGGCUGGUUCUUACCACUGUCCAAGCACAGGACUCCAUUUUGUGGUAAAAAGGGCAGUGGUAAUCGAGAUUGAAUUCUGUGCCUGGAGCCAAUACCUGGACAAGACUCCCUUGCAAGACAAUUUCAUGGUGGUUGGACCUCUGUUUGACAUCAAAACUGAGCAAGGAGCUGUGACUGCAGUGUACCUCCCUCAUUUUGUGUCCUUCCAAGACACAAAGGAAAGCACAUUUGACUUCAAGGUGGCCCACUUUCAAGAACAUGGGAUGGUAUUAGAAACGCCAGAUAGGGUGAAGCAUCGCUAUGCAGUACUGAAAAACCCAAGAUUCUCCCCAAUAGGAGUUGUACUGAGAAUAAUCCCUGCUGCCCGCCGCUUCAUCCCCAUCACUACCAUCACACUGAUCUACUAUCGCCUCAAUCUUGAAGAAGUCACCCUUCACCUCUACCUAAUCCCCAAUGACUGCACCAUUCAGAAGGCCAUUGAUGAUGAAGAAAUGAAGUUUCAGUUUAUGAGAAUAAACAAGCCACCCCCAGUAGACAAUCUUUACAUUGGCUCUCGCUACAUCGUGUCUGGAUCUGAAAAGCUGGAAAUCACCCCAAAGGAACUGGAGCUGUGCUACAGGAGCAGCAAGGAAUUCCAGCUCUUCUCUGAGAUCUACGUUGGACACAUGGGGUCAGAGAUUAAGCUGCAAAUCAAAAACAAAAAGCACAUGCAACUCAUAUGGGAGGCCUUGCUGAAACCAGGAGACCUCAGACCUGCUCUACCUAGGAUAACUUCAGCCCCCAAAGAUGCUCCUUCCUUGAUACACUUCAUGGACCAGCAUCGGGAGCAGCUGGUGGCCCGAGUGACAUCAGUGGAUCCUCUCUUGGACAAGCUGCAUAAUCUGGUGCUGAGUGAAGAAGAUUAUGAGGCAGUGCGGGCUGAGACCACAAACCAAGACAAGAUGAGAAAGCUCUUCAGCUUCAGCCGAUCCUGGAGUCAAGCCUGCAAAGACCAGUUCUACCAAGCUCUGAAGGAGACCCAUCCUCACCUGGUUUUGGACCUCCUGGAGAAGUCUGGCAGGGUCUCUUUGGGAUCCUGA